AUGCAGUCCCAUAGGGACAUUCUUUCCCUGUGGAGGUCGCUAUCACUGCUGUUGCUACUGGGCCUGGGGUUGCCUCUAGCCAUCUCCCAGACUCUCAGCUACAGGGAGGCUGUGCUCCAUGCUGUGGAUGCCUUCAUCCAGCAGUCCUUGGACACCAAUCUCUACCUUCUCUUAGACCUGGAUUCUGAGCCCCAAGAGGAUGAGGACCCAGAUACUCCCAAGUAUGUGAGGUUCCGAGUGAAGGAGACUGUGUGUGCCAAGGCAAUGCAGCAGAUACCUGAGCAAUGUGCCUUCAAGGAACAGGGGGUGGUGAAGCAGUGUAUGGGGACAGUCACCCUGAACCCGGCCUCAGAUUCUUUUGACAUCAGCUGUAAUGGGGUGAGUGGGAUGCAGGGGAUGGUGAGGGGAUGGAACAUGGGUUAUCCUGCAGACCAGUUAGUCCCUAUUCCUACCCAGAGCAGAAGAGAGCUCCCCUCCAUCCCCUUGGCUCCUCCCUUGAGCCUGAACUUCAAGACUGUCAUUCCCUGGAGUAGUGAUUCAGACUGGAAUAAAAUUGCAAGCAGUGACAUCCUGUGGAAGUAA